AACCAACGAAAGUCAAAAUAUCCUCAAGGGAUUAAGGGUUCACACCUGCCAUCUCUCUCUCUCUCUCUCUCUUAUUUACUUUUAUUUAUUUAUUUUUUAUAUUCAACAAAUAAUAUUGCAUAGUGGUGAAGUGAUGAAAAAGAUGGCUAUCAGUAUCAGGUUCAUAAUCUAUUUCAUCAUCAAUAAUUUCUGCUGCAUUCCUAACGGUGACCUGGUCAGACUAAUACCAAAUACAAAGCCACCAAUUUCUAGUUUUUCUUCCUCUGUUUAUCUUCAAGUCUUCUACCAGGCUACCAUUGGUGUGUUUUUCUCUCUACCCAUUUAUUGAUUCUUUUGUUUGCAUGCGGUUGGAGGGUUUUGCUUGCUCUUUCUUUGUUGGAGAUGAUUCAGAAUUCUGGUGUUUUUUCCCUUCUUGGGAUGCCCAUAUCAAGAGUUUCCACUCUUGGAGCUGUUUUGCUUAUGUGGCUGUGUUGGUCUCCACUCCUCAUUGAAGCACAAGAUGGCAUUACUGAUCCUUUAGAAGUGAGUGCACUGCGUGAUAUCAAGAGCAGUUUGAUUGAUAUCAACAAAAAUUUGAGCAAUUGGAAUCGUGGGGAUCCCUGCACAUCAAAUUGGACUGGAGUUUUGUGCUUCAAUACAACAAUGGAUGAUGGCUAUCUUCAUGUUAGAGAACUGCAACUACUUAAUAUGAAUCUCUCUGGAACUUUAUCACCAUCACUUGGCCGCUUAUCCUAUAUGAAAAUAUUGGAUUUUAUGUGGAACAAUAUAAGUGGGGGGAUACCAAAGGAGAUAGGAGACAUCAAAUCUUUGGAACUCUUGCUUCUGAAUGGAAACCAAUUAACAGGUCCCCUGCCUGAAGAGCUUGGCAAUCUUCCAAACUUGGACAGAAUACAGAUUGAUCAGAACCAUAUAUCAGGAUUCCUCCCUGUGUCAUUUGCAAACUUAAACAAAACAAAACACUUUCACAUGAAUAACAAUUCAAUUAGUGGCCAAAUCCCACCAGAACUGUCGAGAUUACCAAAUCUUGUUCACUUCCUUCUAGAUAACAACAACUUAUCUGGAUAUCUUCCACCAGAGCUUUCUGAAUUGCCGAAGUUAUUAAUACUUCAACUUGAUAACAACAACUUUGACGGGGCAUCAAUUCCAGAUUCAUAUGGCAACAUGACUAAACUAUUGAAAUUGAGUCUCAGAAACUGUAGUUUGCAAGGUCCAAUCCCUGACCUGAGCAGGAUAACAAACCUAGGAUAUCUAGACCUCAGUUCAAACCAGCUAAAUGGAUCCAUACCUACUGAAAGGCUUUCUGAGAAUAUUACAACCAUUGAUUUAUCCAACAACGAUCUUACUGGAAGUAUUCCUGCCAACUUUUCGGGCCUGCCUCAUCUUCAAAGAUUGUCAAUUGCAAACAAUUCAUUGGGUGGCUCCAUUUCAUCUACCCUUUGGCAAGGUCGAACCUUGAAUGCAUCUGAAAGACUUACCUUCGAUUUUGAGAACAAUAGACUAACAAACAUUUCUGGUGAUGGCACUAUUAGUCUCCCUCAGAAUGUUUCACUAUGGCUACAAGGCAACCCUGUAUGCUCAAAUUCCAACCUGGUCCAAUUUUGUGGACCUCAAAAUGAGGAUCUGGACAAGCAAAAUUCUGCAAACACUACUGACAACUGUCCCCUUCAAGCAUGUCCUUUUGUAUAUUCCCCAGUGUCUCCUGUGCGUUGUUUUUGUGCUGCUCCUCUGAUUGUUGAAUAUCGAUUGAAAAGUCCUGGAUUCUCCAACUUUCUAGAAUACAGAGAGAUGUUUGAAGUGUAUUUGACCUCUGGUCUUGAGUUGAAGCUUUAUCAGCUAUACCUUGUGAACUUCCAAUGGGAAGAAGGACCAAGAUUGAAAAUGAACUUACAGCUAUUUCCUGUUUAUGAUGCUAGCAACAAGAGUUCCCAUCUCUUUGAUAGAAGUGAGGUUCUCCGUAUCAGGAGCAAGUUCACUGGCUGGAGAAUUCCUGAUAGUGAUAUAUUUGGACCUUAUGAACUUCUAUCCUUCACUCUUUUGGACCCUUAUAAGGAUGUGAUUCCUUCCUCAUCAUCACCAUCUGGUAUAGGCAAGGGUGCCUUGGCUGGCAUAGUAUUGGGUGCCAUUGCUGGUACAGUUGCAUUAUCUGCAAUUGUUUCACUUCUUAUCAUGAGGAGAUAUAUGAGAAAAUACCGGGCAGUUUCAAAAAGACGUCAUGCAUCUAAAGCCUCUCUAAAAAUUGAUGGCGUGAAGGAUUUUCGUUAUGCUGAAAUGGCCUUGGCUACAAAUAAUUUUAAUAGCUCGACUCAAGUUGGUCAAGGAGGAUAUGGAAAAGUUUAUAAAGGCAUUCUUGCUGAUGGAAUAGUUGUGGCCAUCAAACGUGCUCAGGAGCACUCUUUACAGGGUGAGAAGGAAUUUUUAACCGAAAUAGAGUUGUUGUCAAGGCUACAUCAUAGGAAUCUUGUUUCUUUGGUCGGAUACUGUGAUGAAGAAGGUGAACAGAUGUUGGUUUAUGAGUUUAUGCCAAAUGGAACCCUUAGAGAUAAUCUUUCUGCUAAAUCUAAAGAACCCCUGAGUUUUGCAUUGAGAUUGAGAAUUGCCAUGGGUUCAGCAAAAGGUAUCCUCUACCUACAUAAGGAAGCAGAUCCUCCAAUUUUCCACCGAGAUAUCAAAGCAAGCAACAUAUUACUAGACUCUAAUUAUAAUGCAAAGGUUGCUGAUUUUGGACUUUCAAGACUCGCCCCAGUUCCAGAUAUUGAAGGGGCUGUCCCAGGUCAUGUGUCCACAGUAGUAAAGGGUACCCCUGGUUACCUUGAUCCAGAGUACUUUUUAACACAUAAACUGACAGAUAAAAGUGAUGUUUAUAGCCUUGGUGUUGUAUUUCUGGAGCUUUUGACAGGGAUGCAACCAAUCUCACAUGGAAAAAACAUUGUCCGAGAGGUCAAUGUUUCAUACCAAUCUGGUAUGAUAUUCUCGGUGAUUGAUGGACGUAUGGGUUCUUAUCCUUCUGACUGUGUGGAGAAAUUCUUGAAUUUAGCCAUCAAGUGCUGUCAAGAUGACACAGAUUCAAGACCUUCAAUGGCAGAUGUGGUCCGAGAACUUGAAACUAUAUGGCUAAUGAUGCCAGAGUCUGACAAGAAAACAACAGAUAAAGUGACCAGUGAUCCUGAAAAGUUAGCAAGUUCAUCACCAUCUUCAUCAUCUAUGGUGAAGCACCCUUACGUGUCAUCCGAUGUUUCUGGCAGCGAUCUUGUGAGUGGAGUUAUUCCUAGCAUCACUCCCAGAUGAAUGGUACUGUGGAAGACAUUUGAUAAGAACUGCCGACUCUGAAGCUGCUAUAAUCUUUAGAAUUUGGUCUUAUCAGAUGUUUAGGUGAAAAUUUCUGUAUAUAAAGUCUUGGUAUACUUUGUUUUGUAAAGGUAAUAGGUAGACAGGUAGAGUAAUAGGUAUUGUUCUGGUGUAUUACAUAACUUAUUCUAAAUCAAUUAUUUAUUCCUUGUUAA